AUGCAGCAGCAGAAAAAACGCCUGAACAGAGGCUACCUCACACCUCUGGUGCUCAACCGGUUAAAACCCGAAACUCAAGCCUCCAUCCAACCUCCACUGCUGUUACAGAUACCAAUGCGGUCUGGCGAACUGCAAACGACGCCAUCGCUGUAAGCUAACCCGAACAGAAACUGCUGGUAUCAGAUGAAGCAAAACCUAAAGGAAUAUUUUCUUUCCUCAACUCUCGGAAUAACUU